AAUCAUGCGUACUAUUCAUGAACUUAAAGCCUCUUAGCUGAACUCUGGGGACAUAAGUCUACCAGCAGAGUCAAUCACUCAGUGUUUGAAACACUUAAUUGAAUUUAUUUGUAUCAUCUUCAAAAUGAAAUAUGACGGUAGCAGGUUCGGUUACAUGUUACUAAAGAUGCCCCCGCGGUAGUGACAUCCUAAGCAUUAAAGAUUUUGUAAUAAUAGAAAGAUCACCUAUAUACUGGAAAUGUUACUGUACUUGUUACAGUGUUCUUGUGUAUGCCGAGAGUCACAACGUAUAUUAUUUAAUUGUAGAUGAACAGGAAGUCGGAUUGUAAUUCUAAAACGUAUUAUGGAUAGCUGAAAUUGUACGCUUAUCACCUGGAGAAAGGACAACAUUCAUUGUGGGUGACAGUUGAGUCUGUCAAUUCAUUCGUCCAUUCAUUAAUUUGUUCAUUCUUUAAUGCAAGGCACAUAAAUCAACGUGAAUUUGAAUGAAAAAUGACUGGAUGAUUGUAAUCAUAUAUUGCUUUUCGUUGCAACAUCUGUUGCUUUAGUGAAUCUACAAUGAACUUUUAAUUUUGUUAUUCCAAAUCUAAUUUGUAACGUAUAUUGUUAAAUCAUUGAUGUGUAUACUGAUUAAUAUUAACAUACCAAUGAAUAAAAUAAUUUAUUAAAGGUCUAUCCAGGAAUAGGUCGAGGUAGUAAUAAUGUUCAUUUUCCUUUCUCAGUGAAUCUUCGGGUUUUGUUUUAAUCUUUUGGCAGAAGGAAAUAGAAGACGAUUUGAAUUGUACCAGUGUCUUCAUUGUGAACUACAGGACGUUUUCCGUCUUUAUCUUUGUCAAAAAGGCUUUGUUUUCCAGAUAACGAAGAGUCAUGUCUUCCUUUCUCUUUUUACUACUGUGUACGGGUAUAGGGGCGAUAUGGUCUGCCAAUAUACCACCGCUUUCCAAAAAGGUACUAAUGAUCUCUAUGGAUGGAUUUAGAUGGGAUUAUUUGGACAUGGUACCAGAAACACCUCAUAUCAAACAAAUGGCAGGGAAUGGAGUUCAACUGAAAUAUGUUAAUAAUACCUUUAUAACUAAAACUUUUCCUACUCAUUAUGCUAUAGCUACGGGACUGUGGGAAGAAACUCAUGGUAUUGUUGGUAAUUCAAUGUAUGAUCCUUUAUUCAAUGAGACGUUCAGAAUGGGAAACACAGAAACAAAAUGGUGGAAUGAGGGCGAACCAAUAUGGAUCACUGCCAAGAAACAAAAUCUUAAGACUGGCACGUAUUUUUGGCCUGGUAGUGAGGUUAAAAUUCAGGGAAUGUAUCCAGAUAUAUGGAAACGGUACAACGGGUCUGUGCCAUUCCGAGAUCGAGUGGACACAGUUGUGGAUUGGUUUCAGAAUGGACAUGUAGAUCUUGCCACCUUGUAUUUCAAUGAACCUGACCACACUGGACAUUUAUUCGGACCAUUCUCUGAUGAAAUCAAAGCCAAAGUAAGAGAAAUGGAUAGUCUAUUGGGUUACCUGAUAAACAAAUUAAAUGAAGCUGGAGUAUUGAGCAGUUUGAAUAUUAUAUUGACAAGUGAUCAUGGUAUGACAGAGGUUAAUAAAACAACCAGGAUCAUCUAUCUAGAUGCGUAUGUAAAUCCUGAUGAUAUUUAUCUCAUACCAGAAUCAGGUCCUGUAGCCAAUAUUUUACCAAAACCAGGUAGAGAAAAUAUUGUAUACAAUGAUCUACGUGGUAAACAUUCUAAGAUGACGGUGUACAGAAAAGAAGACAUACCCGAACACUUUCAUUAUAAAAAUAACCGACGAGUAAUGCCUAUUGUCGCCAUUGCUGCUGAUGGUUGGAUGAUCGAAUAUAAUUCCUCCAGUAUGGGCAAAUGGGACCCACGUGGUAACCAUGGAUACGACAACCGUUUGUUGGAUAUGAGACCAAUUUUUGUAGCCCAAGGUCCCAAUUUUAAAGACAAUUAUAAAACAAACUCUAUUAAUUCGGUUGAUAUAUACCCAAUGUUAUGUGCCUUGUUAGGCAUUCAACCAGCUCCUCAUAACGGUACACUGGAUAACAGUGCUGAAUUCUUGGAUAUACCAGGAUUAGUUAGUGGUGGCAGUCAGAAAGGGGAAAUAACUCUUAUGGCUUUAGUCAUGGCGAUCAUCAGGCACUUAUCUGGAUAAAUGGCACACCCGAAUAUGAUGAUGUUGGUAUAUAACAAUAUGUGUUAAAUGUGCAGCUGAUUUCAUGCACAAAUUUAUGAAAAAAAAAUUCAACUAAUCAAAUCAAAAGACCAGGCCAUUGUUGAGAAGCUUAGUAGCACGUAGAAACUUCAAUUAAAAUGAACGAGUGUGAUUUAUAUUUUAGUAUGACUGUAACUGCAACCUCAAAUAACAAUAAGUGUGUGAAUGUUUAUGUAUCAAACCGACCUAGGAUUAUAAUUACCUCAAAAUAAAUCAAGUAACUCUGGGAAGGUUGUUUCUACCCAAUUUACUGACCAAGAGCUACACAGCUCUACCGUUCUUUGUCGUAUCAAAAGGUGUAAAAGAUCAUAAAAAGAAACUGACUGUUAAGUUCUAUAUUUAAAAUUGGGUUAGUUAGUCACCUUACCUAGUGCAGUGAUUCUAAUCAAAGAGCACAAAUUAAUACAAUACCUUAGUAGGGAAUAUUAAAAACAAACAAAUAAUUCAUAAUCCUGCAGCAAUGAUUUUUAGUAUUGAAAGUAAUAAAGAAUCCAUCAGACAUGUCAAUAAGAAUUAAUUUCGAUUAAAAGAGGGUUUGAGUCUCUCAAAUGAACCAGGCCAGUAGUUUCAGGACGCAAGUAGUCCCUCAAAAAAUGGGUUGCCUCCCCUGAAAAAAUUCUGACAACCGACCCAUUCCAUUACAUCAACUUAACAGGAUACUUUCCCCCCUCGAACAACAAUUUGACCACGGGCUUGAAAUAUACAGUCCUAUGGUUGAGCAGAUACAUUUAGACUUUGAAUACGAGAUAUCUUAAAGUUUCGAUCGGUUGAAUAGCUUUCUUGUUUGCCUUCAUGCUGUAGAAUGUCCUCAAUUCUGUUGAUAUACGAAGUACAUUUGACAAAAAUAUUGAAUUUCACAUCCUCCUUAUUUACUUAUCCAGGUGAUUACAUGUUACACCUGGCAGAGGUCGUCGACAAAGAGAAGUUCUUUUCAAUAGACGGCAGUUGUAUUUACCCAUGAACCCAUGUAUACAUUGUAGUAUACCUUUUUGUAUUAAAUUGAUUCCUGAUAACAAUAACUAUUCUUGUAUGUGGUGAUGUUUUAAUAAGAAGACAAUUGCAAGUGUAAAAAUAGAUAAAAAACAGUACCAUUGAUAUAAAAGAGGUAUUUGAUAAUUGAAAAUUUUACUCGGCGAGCUUCAAACUGUGUACGAGAGAGUCGUCAUGUGCUCAGCUACAUGUAGUUCAAUAAAGCCCAUUAUUAAUAGAUUAUUGUCCAACAUUCAGAAAAUUGAACUAAACACUUCAGAAAGUCUCACUCAUAGUCAUAGAGUAACCAUCGUAUAUAUUUUAACCGUCGUAUAUAUCAACGUUAGGAAUUACGAAACGAAACACGAAUAGUUCCAUAGAUUCUUAAUACCUGUUUCUUGCGGCAUUCAUUUUGAAAUUCGCACGAAGACAAUGUUUAGCCCAUCAUAAGCAUAGUACGUUUCACACUUCCCAGGGCACCAAGAGCAUCUCUGUCGACUUUUGGGACGUCUAGAACCGGGGCUGGAGCCUUAGGUGGUUGUGGUGUGGGUAUAUCUAAUGGAGGAGAGGGUGCGGGUGGAAGACUAGGUCUUCUGAUUGGUGCUCGUUGUUUUGGUGGUGUUUUCGGUGGUUCUUCGUCUUGCUCUGGUUUGGAUUCUACCGGUUUUGGUGGGGGUUUAGUAGUGGGUGGAGCUUUACGAGGUUGUGGAGGAACCACUGGUUGAGCGAGAUAUUUUUGCUUAGGUGGAGGUGCCGAUUCCACAGGAUCUGGUUUGGGAUCGGACUUUGGUUCUGGUUGAUUC